AUGUCCUCUACAGACUUUCUCUCGAACACACUUCCCUCACUCCUCGCCGGCGCUGUAGCUGCGGUCACUGUAACGGCGUACCUUGCUCGCAAAGCCAUCCAAGACUCGAGACGGCUUUCAGGCCUUCCGCCUGGUCCCCCGGCGGAAUGGUUCUGGAAAAGCCCGAUCCCGCAGUACCACACCCACUUGAAAUUGGCGGAAUGGACGGAUCAGUACGGCGACGUGUGCAGCGUGCGCAACGGGAACAACGUCACUAUCGUCGUCGGUCGAGUUCAGGCCGCGGUUGACAUUCUCGAGAGACAGGGCGGCGUCACGCUGAGCAGGCCGGAGGCUGUUGCGGCGGGGACGAUGCAGGCUCGCGGGCAGCAGAUUGUUUUGCAGCCUGCGGGGGACAAGUUUAGGAAGAUGCGCAAGGCGGUGCACGAGCCGCUGCAACCAAAGAUUGCAAAGUCGUACGCGCCGAUCCAGUUCGAGGCGGCGAAGACGUUCGUGCUCAAUGUUCUGGAGCGCCCUGAUUCCGUUCAGCAGCAUGCGGAUCUCUACGCGGCGACAGUCACGCUCAAGAUCACGUACGGCAAGACCGCGCCGUCCUCGUUCGACGACCCCGACAUUGCGCGCAUCCACCAGGUCAUCGAGCGCUUCUUAAGUGUGCUCCGCCCGGGCGCGUAUCUCGUCGAUAGGCUUCCGUGGCUGCAGUAUAUCCCAGGGUACGCGCCGGAGCUCCAGCGGUAUCGUGAGCUUGAGCUCGCGCUGUUCCACGAGCAAAUUGGCAAGACGAGGAGUGCGCUCGAUGCAGGCGUCGAUGGGCCCUCGUUCACGCGGUAUUUGCUCGAGAAUCCGACUGCGCACGGGCUUGACCCGGACGAGAUGGCGUAUCUCGCGGGCUCUCUUUAUGCAGCUGGUUCGGACACGACCGCUGUUGGAAUGACCAAUCUCGUCAUCGCAGCUGCGGCGCACCCCGAGCUCCAGGCCAAGAUCCACGCGGAAAUAGACUCUGUCGUUGGCGAUCGUGUACCGACACCUGACGACAUGGACAGCCUGCCGUAUCUCGAGGCAUUCAUGCAGGAGGCCAUGCGCUGGCGCCCGAUUGUCCGGCUCGGGUUCGCGCACAAGGCGACGGCCGACCUUGUGUGGAACGGGUACCAUAUCCCGGAGGGCGCAUCUAUCCUGGGUAACCAUUGGGCGAUCUCGCGCGACCCCGUGGCGUUUCCUGACCCGGAGAAGUUCGACCCACACCGCUGGCUCGACGCGGACGGUCAGCUCAAGCCGCAGAAGGAGAUACGGUACUUCACUUUUGGUUUCGGCAGACGCGUCUGUCCCGGUCAGCACGUUGCGAAUCGGUCCAUGCUCACGACCAUGCUCCUCUUGUUUUGGGCGUUCCGCAUCGUGGAAGAUCCGAAGGCUCCCAUUGAUGUGAAUGCGUUCGAGGACGCGGGUCUCGUUGCGCGUCACCGUGGAUUCAAGGUCGUUCCUGAGCCGCGGCGGAGCGUUGAGGAGAUCAGGCAGGUGUUGGGUGACUUGAGCAUGUAG